AUGGCUUCCAGUAAAAUCUCUCAUGCGAUUCCGGUCUGUGUCCAAAUCAUGGAAGUCUCUCAUGUCAUGUCUGACUCUCAGUUCGUAAAACUGCACCUUCACCAUGCAUCUUCUAGAAUGAAUGCAGAUUUUUCCCAUGUCCGCUUUCUGACACAUUGUCACACCCAUAAUUUUCCAUCAUCAUAUGUCUCACCUCGCUCUAUGACUUCAUUAUUGGAAACAGCAGACACUGAAAUAGAAUCUGCUGAUAUCUCCGGGUACGAGUUGAUUGGAGCGUGCAACGGGUUGAUUUGUUUGAAAAGUGCCAAGUUAUGCAGAGAAAAUCGCUACCACACGGUCAAUUUCUGGAACCCAGCAACGAGGUUACUUUCAAAUGGUUCCCCACCUUUACGUAGGAGCUUUUAUUAUUUCGGGUUUGGUUAUGAUUCUUCAACAGACACCUACAAAGUGGUGCAUGUGAACCCUCAGCCGACAACACUCCAUGUUUACAACAUGGGUGAUAAUUGUUGGAGGACAAUUCAUGUCUUCCCUGCUCUCAAUUUGGUUUUGCAUUCAUCAUCAUGUGAGUAA